AUGGCUGAAACCGCUCCGCCUGCCAAGGCCCCUGCCGCUGAUUCCCAGGCGGCCCGACCGACUCGGCCUGACGAGAAGGCUUUCAACGAGGCUCUUGCCAAGGCCGAGAAGGACCACAAGGCGGCCAUGAAUCGAUUGAACGCCGUCAAGGCCAAGAUCGACAUUGCCUUGCCCAACAAGAACAAGGACCAGCCGGGCCCGACCCAGAAGCGACGCCAGGAACUCAUCGCCCAGGCCAACGAGAUCCGUCAGAAGCAGGCCGGUGGCAAGAACGCUCGCACCGCAAAGCUGGACCAGAUUAAGCGUCUCGACGAGCAGCUCCGCAGCCGCAUCGCCGAGCAAAAGACGGCCAAGGCCAAGGUGUCCUUCAAGAGCGCCGACGACGUCGACUCCCAGAUUGCCACUCUCGAGAAGCAAAUCAACUCUGGCACCAUGAAGCUUGUCGACGAGAGAAAGGCCCUGUCCGACAUCUCCAACCUGCGCAAGGUUCGCAAGAACUUUGGCCAGUUUGACGACUCGCAGAAGCAGAUCGAGGAGCUCCGCGCCAAGAUCAAGGGCAUCAAGGACAGCUUGGACGACCCCGAGCAAAAGGCCCUCUCCGAGCACUACAACAAGAUCCAGGCCGAGCUCGACGACAUCAAGGCCGAGCAGGAUGCGGCCUACAAGGGCCUCUCCGCCCUGCGCGACGAACGCUCCCAGCUCCAGGCCGAGCAGCAGGAAAAGUUCACCGCCGUCCGCAAGCUCAGAGACGACUACUACACCCAGAGGAAGGCCUUCCAGGCCUACGAGCGCGAGGCCAGGGAAAAGGCCAAGGCCCGCCGGGAAGCCGAGCAGAAGCAGUACCUGCAGGACAAGAAGAAGGCCGAGGCCGAGAAGAAGCUCGCCGACGCUAGCGAUCCCGCCUACCUCGAGGAGAUCCGCCGCGCCGACAGCCUGCUCCGGUUCCUGGACCCCUCGCACAAGGUCGACAAGGGUCCCCUGACCGCCGACACCGGCCUCGGCGCCCAGCCUCAGCGCACUGUCGACGAGUCCGGCCUCAAGGGCACCAAGCUGGUCAGCAAGAAGGACAGGGACGACGAGUACUCCCCUGCCGUCAAGAAGGGCAAGAAGGGCAAGAAGGGCAACGCUGCGGCCGGCAAUGCCGCCUCCUCCAAGUUCUUCAGCUGCCCUCCCGCCGUUGUCGAGGACUGCGCGUUUAUCAGUGUUGAUCCUCCCAUGGGCAGCGGCGACGUCCCCUCCGUCAUUGAGAAAGUCAAGGCCAAGCUUGAUCACUGGAAGACCGACCAGGCGGCUCAGACCCAGCGUAACAUUGAAAAGGCCAAGAAGGAGAUUGAAAAACUCGAAAGGGAAGAAGCCAACGGCGCCAACGACGACAAGGCCGACAAGGCCGACAAGGCCGACAAGGCCGACAAGGCCGACAAGGCCGACAAGGCCGACAAGGCAGACAAGGCCGACAAGGCCGACACGGUUGCCGACGUCACCGACGGCGUCAAGGAUGCUUCCCUGGAAGACAAAAAGGACUCAUAA